AUGUCCUCAUCCUCCGAUGACACGAAGGCCUUGCACCGGCUCAUCCGAUUCAUUGCUCGUCUUGCCGUUAAUUCCUUCUUCACUGAAGUCAGAGUCAUUGGAGGAGAAAACGUCCCGAAGGAUGGUCCUAUCAUUGUGACCGCUACACACCACAACAUGAUGCUUGACCCCGUGGUUCUGUCUGUCGGGUUCCCCUACCAGAGGAUGCUCAACUAUUGGAGUAAAGCAAGCUUGUUUGCCCAUCCGGUUAUGCGCUGGAUCUUGUUCUCCUCCGGCAACAUCCCUGUAGACCGUAAAUCGAAAGACCGACAGGUUCUGUUCAAGGGAACAAUCGAGGCUCUGUGCAAGGGUGAGGCUGUUGCACUGUUUCCUGAGGGAACAAGUUACACGGAACCCCGAAUUAUGCAAGUCAAGGAUGGUGCAGCUUGGGCAGCCCUGGAAUGCACCAAAUUCGUGAGGGACAAUCCUGGCAGAGCAGCCCCACAAGAUGUCAGGAUAGUCCCCGUUGCCAUCGUUUACACGAACAAGUCCAAGUACCGAAGUGCGGUCAUCAUGGAGUUUGGAGGGCCAAUUUCCUUGGACGAGUAUAAAGAGCAAUUCUUUUCCGGAGAGGAAGGCGCGCCACGUUUGGCUGUCAAGCGUCUAACGCAUGCGAUCGAGCGAGAGCUCGUUGGGGCCAGCAUCAACGCUUCAGAUUGGGACACGCUCUUUGCAGCAAGAAUGGCUAGAGACAUCCUAUGGGUUGAAGAUAGGUCCAUCCCGUUGGAAGACUUCGUUGCCAUCUCACAGACCCUCGUUGACCUCUUCUCCUACCCGGAUAUCACUGCUAACUUCAAAUCUGUCAAACGGAACUUGCUUGCAUAUUAUUCUCUUCUUCAAUCAACACACCUCACGAACUCUGUUCUAUCAUCACUUCCUCUCCCACGCACAUUGGAUCCCAACACACCAGCCACAAUUCCAAGUCGACUGUAUACGAUACUAAUUCUCAUUCGGGACUCUAUUUUGGCUCUGGUCCAAUUACCCUUUUUCUUCCUUCCUCUCAUCGUUCACAGUCCUGCCUAUAUGAUGGGUGGCCUCGGCGCUAAGCUUGUGGAGCACGAGGAGGAAACACAGGCUCAGAACAAGGUUGCUUUCGGUCUAAUAUCUCUACUUGUCAUCUAUCCUGCUACAUUUGUUUUUCUUUGGGCUCUAUUCUGGUAUACGCGUCUCGGCGCACUGUUGGCCGGAUUAAUUGUUUAUCUAUUCGCUGUCUAUCACAUCAAGAUGGUUGAUAGCAACUAUGAACGGGCGAAACGGUUCAUUGCAGCAUGGCGAGUGCUGGUAGGGGUAUGGACACCUAAACGGUGGGACUUGUCGAUUGGCGCACUAGCUCAGUACAUGAAGCCGCGGACGCCACCGCCCAAUCCGUGGAUUGACCGGCCGAAGGCGGCAACUCCUGCGGCAGUCGAGGAAGAAGUCGCACGGCCGGGGAGCCCAACGGAUUUCAAGCUGCAAGAAGAGCCUCCUGUGAAGAUGCGGGCAGCUCGCAGGCCCCCAUCGCGGCGACUCGUGCGUCACGUACUGCGAUCCCGUGUGGAAGCGAUGAACGCGUUGGCUGGGUUCUUCGAUAGCCUGGGGCAGGCUGGCUACGACAAGAAGAUUAAAGCAAGCCCCCACCUUGCGAGGAUGUAUGGGGGUGGUGUCGGUAGUGGAUCGGGAAGUGGCGCUGACGCUUCGCUUCGAGAAGGGCAAGACGGAGGCGUGGAGGAAGGCUGGCGCUAUGGGGGCGAGGUUGUGACGUUCCUCAAGAAACGGGGUGCGAAGAUUCCAACGUUAGGACAAGGGCCAAUGAAGGAUGAAUGGGCGGCGCUUAGCAGCGAAGGGGAGGGCGACACGACGGGAGAGGAGACUGAAGAGCCGGUUUGGGUGCCCCGCAGCGGUGGCUAG